AUGGUUGGUAUUCAGACCGGUCUGCUCGACUUUAGGUCCUAUAUCCCUCCCUUCGACGGCUACCUCCCCAAAUGGCUCCUCCUGGUCUCUGUAGUCUCUGCGGUCAACAGCUUGCAAGCCUAUAAGUCAGACGCAUAUUCCGCACAACUGUACAAUGCUAGAACUUCCUCCGGCCAGAGCCACACCAACCCUCUCUCUUCCCGCACCUUCGGUACCUGGACUUUUGUCUCCGCCGUGGUUCGAAUGUACGCGGCCUACAAUAUCACCAACCCCGUAUCAUAUGACCUGGCGGCGUGGACCUUCGGCAUUGCCUUGCUGCAUUUUGUCGGCGAGUGGCUGGGUUUCGGGACGGCCGAGCUUAAGGGUCGCUUUGUUAGUCCCUUGAUUGUUGCCUCGUCCACUUUAGCUUGGAUGUUGACGCAGAGGGAGAGCUAUCUCUCUGCUUGA